AAGGUCUCGCAGCGGGAAGAUGGUGGCGCAGCAGCCGCUCCGCGUGGUGCGCUGCGGCGGUAGCAAGUUGAGCGGCGCCAGAGCGGCGUUCUCUGCCGAUGCCAAAUACCUUUUAUGUGCCUCAGGAGACUAUGUGAAAGUGUAUAGCACGGCUACAGAAGAAUGUGUACACAUCCUGCAGGGUCACACAAACCUGGUGACAGGAAUUCAACUUAACCCCCAAAACCACAUGCAGCUGUAUUCUUGCUCUCUAGAUGGCACCAUUAAACUCUGGGACUUCACAGAUGGAAUUCUCAUUAAAACUUUUGUUGUUGGAUACAAACUUUUUGCAUUCUAUACGCUUGCUGGUUCUGAGGAUUCAGUGUUCAUUAUAAUUCCAAAGAAAAAUGAAGAUUCCUUAGAUUCGUUCCAGCUUGUUUCUGUGAAACUACCAAAAACACCAGACCAAGAAGUGGAAGCCAAGGAGCUGUCUUUGAUUUUGGAUGAUAUAGGCCAGUCGCCCAAAUGUACUGCGUUUGGAAGAGAAGGUGAAUAUGUGGCAUCAGUGCGUGGCCUUCAUCUCCUUGUUUAUUUUUUCAAAAAGAAAAAGGUUAACAGGUUUCCUUUAAGUGCAACAAGUAGAAAAGGCGCAAACAACUAUUUCACUUGUGUAGCCUGUCACCCUAAGGAAGACUGUAUAGCAAGUGGACAUAAAGAUGGCAAGAUUCGUCUCUGGAGAAAUUUUAACCACAAAAGAGAAUACACUUUCUCCACACUGCACUGGCACCAUGAUGUAGUGAUGGAUCUAGCUUUCUCUGUAGAGGGCACCAGCCUGCUGAGUGGUGGGGUUGAGUCUGUACUGGUUCAGUGGCGUGAUGGAUCAGAUUGUAAGAAGGAAUUCCUGCCCCGUUUGGGAUCUACUAUUGAACACAUCUCAGCCUCACCGGAUGGAACUUUCUAUUGUACCUCUCACACAGAAAACAAAAUAACAAUCAUACAUAGCAACCUGAGCGUUUCUGCCGUAAUUCAAGGAUUAGUCAAAGGCAGUGAUGUCAAGACUGGUUUGGUGGUUGAUCCUAGAACUAAAGCUUUGGUUCUGAAUGGAAAACCUGGUCAUCUGCAGUUCUAUUGUCUCCAAACUGACAAACAGUUGUACAAUCUCGAUAUCGUGCAGCAGGAAUACAUCCAUCAAAUAGGUCUAAACCAGGUUGACUUGGUGAAGGUUGCAUUUAGUGCUCAAGGCAGCUGGUUAGCGACAGUGGAACAGCGAGAAGAAAAAGAAACCGAACUUGAAUUACAGAUGAAACUGUGGAACUAUGAUGAGCAAACACAAAGCUUUACUCUGAACACCAGAAUAAACAAUCCACAUGAGGAUCAUGUAACAGCUCUGUGUUUCCGUGACACAGAUGAAUUGGAAGAUGGAACUCCUACCUUGGUAACAGCUGGCAACGAUGGUCGAUUUAAAGUCUGGGUGUUGGUGGAUGACUCUGACUCAGAGAAACAAAGUAUGGGAUGGAGCUGUGAUUUUGUGGGCAGCUAUCACAACUAUCCAGCUACUAACUGCUGUUUCUCAGAAGAUGGCUCUUUGCUUGCUGUUAGCUUUGAAGAAACAGUCACUGUGUGGAACUCGGAUACCUGGGAUCUUAUAUGCACUUUUUGUCAUCCACCUGGAAGAAUACAGAACUUGUGUUUUGGGAGACUAAGUUGUUCCAAAUACCUUCUUGGCACUACCGAUAAUGGCUUUCUGUGUUGCUGGAACCUGCUCAGUUGUGCAUUGGAAUGGAGUGCCCAGCUCAACGUCAUGGUGCUGCAACCUGACUCCCUUUCAGAAAACAUUGCUGCAGUCUCACGGCUCUUGGAAGGCUCAGACUUGUUUGUAUUUAAGCCAAAUGAGCCAAGGCCAUUCUGUAUCCAGAGAAAUGUCUGUAGAGAGAGAGUCCAGUGGGCUGUCUUCAUUCCAAGAGAUGUGCCUGAAUCAAUUGGCUCAGAAAAACACCAGUGGUUAAGCAGAUCUCAGCUUUACUUCCUGACUGAAACACAGGAUCUACUGACAUUUAGCACAAAGUCCACAGAAGAAAGGCUUACACCAUCAAGCAAACAGCUGGCAGUAGAGGAGAGUCUCCCUAUGACCCCCUUUUAUUUGCUAUUGGGAAAGCACAGGCAUCAGCAACGAUCCAAAGAGAAUGCAGAUCUUGGCACAGCAGUUGUCCAGAGUCACUUAGCCCAAGAUUCACCUGCAAUCAAAGAGCUCCUACACACUCCUGCACAUGUGUUGCCAUCUGCUUCUUUCCUGUGUUCCAUUUUUAUCAAUUCAAUGCUGAUAUCCAAGGAGAAUAAAAGUGCCGGAGAAGUGGUUGAUGAAGUUGAAAUGGACAGUGAAAAAGCAGAGGAUGAAUCAGAUGAGGAUUUAGAGCUUACUGAGAUGGAGCAAGAUAUAAAUCCUACAGAGUUUUUGGGUGAAAUUACCCAAACUAAACUGUCUAAAUCUCAGGAAAAACAACUGCGAAAGAUAAGAAGAAUGGACUACAGUUGGGUAGCUGCUCUCUAGAUACAUCAAGACAUGUUGCAUUUUAUAUUUUCUUAUGAACUUAAAUAUUAUGUUAAUGGAUUAAAUACUGUGUUCUACCAAAAAGCUCUCUUUCAAUCCUUUGUCAUAAGUUUUUCUUAUUGGAUUCUAAUAUUUGAUGUAAAAGGUAUUAUUUCAAAGCAAGUAUUUUGCAGUUUUAAUAUAUUUUAGUUAAGAAAGGAAGACUGGUUUUGGGACUAAAGCACAGGAUCUGGGUUUUGUCCCCACUCUGUCUCAAACACACUGUUACCUCAAACAACUGUUAACCUCUGUUGUUUAUUCUCCAACCUGUAAAAUGUAGAUGAUGGGCUUGAUUCAAUUCUGUAUUAUAUUGGCUGGUGCCCUCAAAUAUCUAAGGCACAAGAAAGUCUCUGAAAGUCCCAGAACCACUGCUCUGUCAGGGAUGGCCUACAGAGGGCCCAAAAGUGGGCAGUAUUGAUCACAAAGGGACAGGCAGCUUUUCCAACCAGGAUUUCUAUAGACUCUGAACCUUACUUCAUAGCAGCUGCUGCUAUUUAUCUUGUAGCUCCUGGAAACCCCAAUUAAGGAUCAAGGUCCUAUUGUGAUAGGCUAUGUACAAGCAAGUAACAUAGAAGACAGUCCCAGCUGCAGAGAACAUACAAUCUGGGUGGUGGACAGGAUGUGGCAGAUGGACAAAACACAACAAGGUGGGAGAAGGAGGUAACUAACAGUUUAGCAGACAAGCAGACAUCUCAGCCAGCCACUCCACAGGCAGUGCAAACCCUGACUGUCCUAAUCCCCCAGAAAUAGCAGCUUACCUGCCCCAUCACCACCACUUCCCUUUGUCAGCAUGGGUGAAUGCAGCCUAAUACCUCACAGGUUUGAAAUACCUCACUGACAUUUGUUGAGCACUGAGAGAUCUUUGGAUAUAAGGUGCUUCAGAUGUUGAAAGUAUUUGUGCAUCAAUACUGUCUAAUGUAACAUUUCAAAAAUUCCAGUUGCCUGAACUUCACCACUUAAAAAGAAACACAGCAUCGGUUCUGGAAGGGCAAUGAACCCUUUAAUGGGCUUUUGGUACAUAAAUGAAGCAAAGAAUAAUAGUCAAAGAAUAAUUUUUAAAAUCUUUUUAACCACUUACAUAAUGGGCAUUUUGUUGCUCAGCUCCCAACUACCACUGUUUUAUCACCAGUGUUAAAAUCAGUGUUAGCUUCCUCAUCCCCCGUCCCCCGCUAAUAUAAACAUGCCCUUAAUUAUUUCAAUGUAGAGUGUAGAAAGGUUUUUUGAAAAGCUUCCUUUCUUGAGCUCUAAACAAAGGUAUCCAGAACCAUUUGGCUGAGUAUAUCACUUCCAUUUCACUAAAACACAGCUGUUCUUGUUUUACAGUCAAUUUAUAGUAUUGACUUUUGAAUUUUAUUAGCAAUUUAUCCAUCACUCAGAUCUGUUAAUUAGACUUGAACAGUUCAAAGCAGGAACCACAAAUGCUCAAAGAUUAUCUAGAGUGUGGUGCUUAAGUAGCUUUAUCAGCGUAAAUCUAGUAAUGACGUGACUUUGUAUUCUGAAAUCAUCAGUGGAAAAAAAUUGCUCAGCACUUUUUGCUGAUCUGCCCAAUGUAUAAAAAUGUCAAGGAGAAAUUUUCUACGUGGAGCUCUAAUGGAAUUCCAGAAGGUUCCAGAAGUAUCCAGAGCAUCACGCAAGGUGACAGUGACCAAGGCAGCAUUCAACCCUCUUCCACACAGAUGGUCAGACUGAACCAGCGUGUUGGAGACUUCCUCUUUUCUGCCAUCUGUGUAUAAGAAAAUAAAGGAAGAGAAUACACAAUACUGAAGUAUGACUUUUUUAGAGUAUCAUUUAUUCUGCUCUAUUGUUACAAAUAGUGUGGAUGUUCUUGCGUAUUGAAGUUUUGCACACAUCAUAAUAGAAAAUAUAUGUACUGUAAUGCUACAGAAGGAAUACAGAUAAACAGUAACAGGAAACUUCAUUAUUACUGUGUUUGAGAAACUGAUAGAUUGCCCAAGAGUUGAAGGAAAGAACAAUUGUUGGGAAAUGUAAUACAGUCUGUCUGCUUUAACUGCCCAUCAAGCUUAUUUACUGUGGGGUAUUUUUUCA